UUGAAUUAAAUAUUAAAAUAUGACAGCAACAACAACAACUUACACCACCUUACUCUCAUUCAGUUCUUCCACUUUGAAUUUCAAAAAGCACAGUGACAUACAGAGAGUUGUUGACACUAUAUUCAAGAUAUUUAGUAAGUAUGGGUUCGUGCCACACAGCUCAGCUAGUCAGGAACUGUCAGCUGUCAGUGGCUUUCUACACCUUUACCUAUCACCCCAAGGAAGCCAUGUCUUGCUACGAGGAUAUGGAAAUGGUUUGAUAACAUUGGAUAUCCAUGAGAUCUCUACUUCCACAAGCAACGAUAUUGAAAAUAGUUGUGGGGCUGGGAGAUUAUUUACUAACAAGGAGAUAGGGGACCUGGAGGUUGAGAUAAAAAAAUGCCUGUCAUUCCUUGAGUCCAGAAGUCUUCCAGCCAUUAGACGAGGUAGAUCAGUCAACCCGUACUACCCGACUGUUGAUGGCCGGCUGGUUGAGUUAGACGUAAGAGAAGUUGUCUACGAAGUUAAGUCGAAGUAUCAGGACAUCAUGAUCGUUAGGUCGGAGUCGCUGGGAAACAUACUGAUUCUGGAUGGGGAUUUGAAUAUGGGUGAAAGUGAUGCAAUCUACUCUCACACGCUCAUGCAGAAAGGAAAAACCAACUACCAGGACAAAAGUUGUUUGGUUCUGGGUGGCGGUGAUGGGGGCUUGUUGUAUGAGUUACUAAAUGAAGGGGCUAAAAAGGUAAUCUUAGUGGACAUAGAUGAGGAAGUUAUAUCAGCAUGCCAGCAGUAUCUGAGGAAUGUUUGUCACGAUGUCCUCGAUAGCCGAACUGGUCCUUAUCAUCAAAUAAUAGUGGAUGAUGCAUAUAAAUAUCUGAAAGAUUGUCUGACUGAUGGGGUUAAGUUUGAGUAUGUCCUGUACGACUUGACGGCUGUGCCCGUUACGACGGAACCCAAAACAGAAUCACUAACAUCAGGUUCACAAAAGAAAGAAUGGGAAUUCCUGUAUGAGACUAUCAAGUUGUCACUGGAUGUCUUGUCUCACGGCGGGAAAUUCUUCUGUCACGCGACGGCAUUACUAGCAAAGGAUAGUUUGCUGCAAUUUGAAGGCAUGCUGUCCCAGCUGAAUCCAAACAUAAGAUGGAUGCAGCAUUCUGCUUUCAUUCCUUCGUUUCAUGAAAAUUUUUUAUUUUUUUUUUAUUGAUUUUUCUUUUUCCUUCUUUUGUUUGUUUUGUUUUUUUUUUAUUCUGCAUUGUAUUUAUUUUCUAUCUUUAAUAUUUACUUCUUAAAAA